CUGUUAUAAAAUCGCGUUAAUUUAGUCUUGUACACAUAGUAUUGAAGGAUUGCAUGUGUGGAUGCGAUAUUUAAAAGUUACAUUGAUAACAUUUUAACAGUAUAUAACAAAAGAGUUCGAUAACUUUUUAUGUGAAUUUUGUAUGCUUUUGAAUAACAUCGUGAAAUGAUGUUCUUGUUAUUUAAUUUGAAUUACGCAAUUGAAUAUAUUAUUCAUAAAAUAAUUUAACAUUUAUAUUGUACAAUAAUACGAAAAUUUUUAAGAAUUAUUUUAUACUAAUCUUACGUUAUUUGUGCUGAAUAAGUAUAAAUAUUACUGUUAAAUUAAAAUUGCAAAAGACACUUUACCUUGUAUACCUUUAAUUGUUCAUAAAAGUUCUCAAUAUGGAAUUGUAAUAUUAUAAAUUAUAUAAAUAAUUCAAAAUUUUUUACUUAUGAUACUGAAAUUAAACAAAAGGAUAUUUUCAAAGUUUUAUGUUGGGGAACAUCUUCCGUUCUUCUAAAAAAUCCGUCCUUUGUUUUGAUGAAGAAAGAUACUCCUCCCUCUUCGAAUUAGAGCAAAACCAGUUCAAUUAAACUGCAAAUCUUUAUUAACAAUUAAUAUCAAGAAAGAUGCUUUUCAUCGUAGCUUACCAAAAAGAAACAGGUUCAUAGUAAUUAUAAUAAUUGAACGGUAAGCGAACAAUCUUUCUUCAUACAUGAUGAAUAUGCAUACUUGUGAAUGUAUGCGAAUUUAAUUUUUUUUUUUUUUUUAUAUAUAUUAUAUAUAUAUAUAUGUAUGAAAAUUCCAGAGUGAUUGGGUAAUUUGUGCAUAAUCAAACGAAGUGUUUAACAAUAAUGAUGAGUAAUAAUACCGAGUUAUUGAAAUACUAGUUUUAAAAAAAAAUUGUAAAUUGCAUAGAUAAGUGUAGAAUUUUAAUAUUAUGAACUUUUCAUAGAGUAUUAAAAAUUACAAAGCCAUAGAUACAUUGUUAAGCCAAGUAUAAGGAAGUCGGCUGUUUUGCCUGCACGUUAUAUAUGAUACCUCGUUAUAUCAAUCUACAAAUGAAAUACUAGCCAAAAGAAAACAACAAACAUACGUUAAGAUCUGGCGAUUAUUACGGAUCUAGUUAAUUAUCAGUUUUCUCAUUUCAGAAGGUACAUGAGUUUGAUAUACUCUUGACCUAUAUCUUAAAUAUUAGUCGCAAUUUUAUAAUCAUACAGGCUUGAUAUUGCGGUAAAUAUAAUAUAAUUAUCAUGGUGUAACCUUAUAGUAAGCACGAUGUUACUGCAUCCGCUGAGGUAGGAUAACGGUCUUUGUAUCGUGCAAAUUCAUGUAUCAUUUGAAAGAAUGAGAAUCGGUGUUUUGUAAAUUCACUACGUUUGACAUUGUAGUCGUACGUGAUACCAAUUAUACAGCGAUAAACGCCAGAUUUAAUUUAUGUACUACCUAUCUCAAAUAAAAAGAAAAUGUCGUUUCUACGAUAUUUGAUAUAUCAAUGUCGAAACGCAUUAGAGUACAUGAUGAAUACAUAGAAACCAAAUUCAUUUACAACAUAAAAGAAAAUAAGACUAUCGCGUUUUCCAGCGGAAGCAAUGUAAAGUUUGUACGCGCAUCUAAUGUAUUUUAGCAUUUGUUUAAUGUUAUAACUCGUUAAUAGCGAUCUUUAUCAUUUUUAACAGUAAUUCUGUACAGUUAAAAAUUUGUCCGUCAUUCACGAUGGAAUUUGUAAUUGGAAAGGAAGAAACUACUCAAAAAGAGUUCAUAAAAACGCUCGAAAGAAAUGUAACGAUCUUAAAAAUAGAAAAUCAUUAUAAUUUAAGAAUAAAUCACGAAUUGGAAACUAAACUCACGUGUUUCGAUAAUAUUUCACGUGGCCUCGCGGAUAAACUUGACUCUCUAUGGAGUUUAGCUGAAGCGCAUCAUCCACAGGGAAAUGAAAUAAAACAGUUUGCUGACCAAAUUUCAAGUUCAUGGACUUCCAUAAAUCGGCAGAUUUCCGAAAAAUAUUCUAAAAUUCGAAUGGCCAGUCGAACAUUACACGGAAUUCCGUUAUCAUUGUUACUAGAUAAAAUUAAGAAGGAAGUCGUUUUAUUAAAGGCAUCACUACAAGUUCACGAACCUGUUUAUAUAUUAAAGACAUUCAAAUUAAUUACUGAAAUUGAAGAACUUAUAAAUAGCUUAGAAAAGUGUGAUAGUAAGUUACAGCAGUAUCUAUCUGUAUCGAACAUUACUCCACACAUUAUAAAAUUAGAAUCUAUAGUGGACAGGUAUGUUUCUAACGUUGAAUUACUACCUACAAAAAAAUCUUUCUUAUACGAUUUGAGUAUCUUUUCAUUAGUCUCAAAACUUUUGACUGGUGAAUUGCUAGGGCAUGAAUUUAUUGAUCCUAAUCAUAUCUUGACAGAAAAUAUGCCGAAAAAACCAGUUUUCAUUAUCAAGAAUGUUAAACGUAAAGCUACUUACCCUUAUUACCCAACAUAAAAACUACAUAGAAUAUACACUUUUGCAUAUUAAUUUCAACAGAUUGUUUAUUAUUUGAAAGUUUCCCAAAUAAAACAUUAAAUUGAGGACAAUGUACACAAUUAUUAAUAAUGAAUAAUAAUACCUUUAUUUACUUAA